CAUGGCCCAAGGCGGCGCGCAACACUAACCUCUACGGUGCAUUUCAAAGCUAGCUAUGUGUGUGCACAAUUCUUGUCCGUGCUCGGGUUAUCCUCGGCCACAUGAAUGAAAGUAUGGGCCGCAAAACCCCGCACGAAGUGUCGUGAAGCUGGGAGUCUGUCCUGAAGAGGAGGCGCUCAGCGAUGCAAAUUUGCGCGUGAAAGUGGAGGUGUCCGUGUUUACGUCGUGCACAGCACUGCGCAGCACCCAGACUCGGCGCAGCGGGAGGCGGACGACGACGCAGAGGACGGCAGCAGCGCCGGAAGCAGCUUCGAGACCAUCAUGGAGGCCGAGACCGAGGCCGACAGGCACCCCGUCAACUUCACUGUCGGCGAGGAGGACGAUGUUGAGGGCGAAGAACACACCGAGGCCGGCGACACCUUCCCGUCGUCGUCCUCCUUCGCGUCCAACUCGGGCAUGUCCAGCAACAGGAACUCCAUCAACAACAUGCAGGACCUGCUGAACGAGCGGCGCCGACGACUCAGGCCUUCUAUGUCCCAGGGGACUGUUAUGCACCCAAGGUUGCAGGACAAAGAUUUCACAGUUGCCACUCCUGAAGAAUUUGUGCGACGCUUUGGAGGUACUCGAGUCAUUAACAAGAUUUUAAUUGCUAACAAUGGAAUCGCUGCAGUUAAGUGUAUGCGAUCAAUUCGUCGCUGGUCGUAUGAAAUGUUUAAAAAUGAACGUGCUGUACGUUUUGUUGUUAUGGUCACUCCUGAAGAUCUUAAGGCCAAUGCCGAAUUUAUCAAAAUGGCUGAUCUCUAUGUGCCUGUCCCUGGUGGUAGCAACAACAACAAUUAUGCCAAUGUUGAACUUAUCCUCAACAUCGCUAUCAGAAACCAAGUCCAGGCUGUUUGGGCUGGUUGGGGUCAUGCAUCAGAAAACCCCAAGCUUCCGGAGCUUCUUCACAAAAAUAAUAUUGUCUUCAUUGGACCCCCUGAGAAAGCUAUGUGGUCUCUUGGAGACAAGAUUGCAUCCAGCAUUGUUGCACAAACUGCUGAAAUUCCAACUCUUCCUUGGUCCGGAUCCGGACUUACUGCUCAAUUUAAUGGUAAAAAAAUUAAGAUUUCCAAUGAGCUGUACAGGAAGGGUUGUGUGACCACCCCCGAGGAAGGUGCUGCUGCAGCACUCAAAAUUGGAUAUCCUAUCAUGAUCAAAGCAUCUGAAGGUGGUGGUGGAAAGGGUAUUCGUAAAGUAGAAAAUCAUGAAGACUUUGCGGCAGCUUUCCGUCAGGUUCAAGCUGAAGUUCCUGGUUCACCCAUAUUCAUCAUGCAGUUGGCCAAAUGUGCUCGCCACUUGGAAGUCCAACUGAUAGCUGACCAGUAUGGCAAUGCUAUUUCAUUGUUUGGGCGAGAUUGUUCAAUUCAACGUCGUCAUCAGAAAAUUAUUGAAGAAGCCCCUGCAGCUAUUGCUAUUCCUGAAGUUUUUGAGGAAAUGGAGAAGGCUGCUGUCCGACUCGCCAAAAUGGUUGGGUAUGUCAGUGCUGGUACUGUUGAGUACUUGUACAACACUGACGGCAACUUUUACUUCUUGGAGUUGAACCCACGUCUUCAAGUAGAACAUCCUUGCACAGAGAUGGUCUCUGAUGUCAAUCUCCCUGCUGCCCAGCUCCAGAUUGCUAUGGGCCUUCCUCUUAGUGCCAUCAAAGAUAUCCGCCUUUACUAUGGCGAGUCACCAUGGACUGACACUCCUAUUGACUUUGAAAACCCAAGGCACAGACCUCAACCUUGGGGUCAUGUCAUUGCAGCCCGUAUCACCAGUGAAAAUCCUGAUGAAGGUUUCAAACCCAGCUCGGGUACUGUUCAGGAGUUGAAUUUCCGCUCCUCAAAGAAUGUGUGGGGUUAUUUCUCAGUUGCCGCCUCAGGUGGUCUCCAUGAGUUUGCUGAUUCUCAGUUUGGUCACUGCUUCUCCUGGGGAGAAAACAGAGAGCAAGCCAGAGAAAACCUAGUUAUUGCUCUCAAAGAGUUGUCCAUUCGUGGUGACUUCCGUACCACUGUUGAAUACCUUAUCACUCUUUUGGAAACACCCAGCUUCCAGGAUAACACCAUUGAUACUGCAUGGCUGGACAAGCUAAUUCAGGAGAGAAUGCAGGCUGAGAAACCUGAUGUUCUUCUUGGAGUAAUGUGUGCUGCAUUGCACAUUGCAGAUGCCAAAAUACUGGAUGCUUUCCAGGGUUUCCAAACAUCCCUUGAAAGGGGUCAAAUUCAAGCUGCUAAUAUGUUGGACCACAUUGUCAGUGCAGAGUUAAUUCACGAUGGUUUUAAAUACAAGGUCCAAACCACUAAGUCUGGGCCAAACUCUUACUUUUUGAUUAUGAAUGGCUCAUUCAAGGAGAUUGAAACUCACCGCCUGAACGAUGGUGGUAUCUUGCUCUCAGUAGAUGGUUCAAGUUUCACUACUUACAUGAAGGAAGAAGUUGACCGGUACCGUGUAGUUAUUGGUAACCAGACCUGUGUUUUUGAGAAAGAGAAUGAUCCAUCCCAGCUGCGCUCUCCUUCAACUGGCAAGUUGGUUUCCAUUCUGUUGGAAGAUGGUGGACAUGUUCAGGCUGGUCAAGCGUAUGCUGAAAUAGAGGUCAUGAAAAUGGUCAUGACUCUGGUCUGCAAUGAGUCUGGUACAAUUUAUUUCCACAAACGUCCUGGUGCAGUCUUGGAUGCUGGUGCUCUUAUCGCACACUUGGAGCUGGAUGAUGCUUCACUCGUCACUGUUGCUCAGGAGUACAAGGGACAAUUCCCCCAGUCUGAUUUGACUGCUGUUGCUGGCGAGAAACUCAACCACUCUCACAACCAGUACAGGACCAUGCUGGAUAAUAUACUGGCUGGUUACUGCUUACCUGAACCGUACCAUCUUGCACGACUGCGAGACGUCAUUGAGAAGUUCAUGACCUCUUUGAGGGACCCCAGCCUACCCUUGCUCGAGCUGCAGGAUGUGAUUGCUUCCAUAUCUGGACGCAUUCCUCUCUCUGUUGAGAAGAAGAUUAGGAAGCUGAUGUCUCUGUAUGAGAAGAACAUUACCUCUGUUCUGGCCCAGUUCCCAAGUCAACAGAUUGCCAGUGUUAUUGAUGGCCAUGCUGCAACUCUGCAGAAGCGAGCUGAUCGUGAUGUAUUCUUCAUGGCUACCCAAGGUGUUGUCCAGCUUGUUCAGAGGUACAGAAAUGGCAUCAGGGGGCGCAUGAAGACAGCUGUCCAUGAGCUUCUGAGGCAGUACUAUGCUGUUGAAAGCCAGUUCCAAAUGGGGCAGUACGAUAAAUGUGUUUCUGCUUUGCAAGAAAACUUCAAGGAUAAUAUGGCAACUGUAACUGCAACAAUCUUUUCGCACAGUCAAGUUUCCAAGAAGAACAUGCUUGUAACCAUGUUGAUUGAUCAUCUUUGGGCUAAUGAGCCUGGUUUGACUGAUGAGUUGGCAACUACACUGAAUGAGCUGACUACAUUGAACAGGUCUGAGCACUCUAGGGUUGCUCUUCGGGCUAGGCAAGUGCUCAUUGCAGCCCACCAGCCUGCUUAUGAACUUCGACACAAUCAAAUGGAAUCCAUCUUCUUGUCAGCUGUGGACAUGUAUGGUCAUGACUUCCACCCUGAGAACCUCCAGAAGCUUAUUCAGUCUGAAACAUCUAUCUUUGAUAUUCUUCACGACUUCUUCUACCACAGCAACAAAGCUGUCUGCAAUGCUGCUCUGGAAGUGUAUGUGAGGAGAGCAUACAUUUCAUAUGAUCUGACUUGCCUGCAGCAUAUGGAGCUGGAUGGUGAAAACAGCGUGGUUCACUUCCAGUUCUUGUUGCCAUCUUCUCAUCCAAACAGACUGCCUGCAACAACUAUUACCGAGCCUAAUGCUGAUGGAGAAGUCUUCGAAGUCUUUGACUCGUUCCAACGUACUGGCUGCAUGGCUGCAUUUGAUUCCUUUGAAUCGUUCUCAUCCUCUGCUGAUGAAAUGUUGGAUCUCUUAGAGGAGUUUUCAUCUCCUGCCUCAGUUUCUGCUAAAGUGCUUGAGGCAGUAGAGAGUGGAAGUGAAUCUCGUAACAGUACCUCUAUUAAUGUCAGUGUGUCUGGUACUGACCAGCCCUCUGAUCUGAAGAAGCGCAUGGAACCCAUUCACAUUCUGUGUGUUGCUGUGAAAGACAAUGGAGAUGUGGAAGACUCCCAGCUUAGCCGCAUGUUUGGCAAUUGGUGUGAUAAAUUCAGGGAUGAGCUGAAACGUCGUUGCAUUCGCCGUGUUACAUUCCUUGCACUGAACAAGAGGCAGUUCCCCAAGUUCUUCACUUACCGGUUCCGUGAUAACUUUGCUGAAGACCGAAUUUACCGUCACUUAGAGCCUGGCAUGGCGUUCCAGCUGGAACUCACAAGAAUGCGGGCUUAUGACCUUGAGGCUCUGCCUGUCUCCAAUCGUAAAAUGCACCUGUAUCUGGGCCGUGCUAAAGUUGCUAAGGGACAGGAAGUUACUGACUUCCGAUUCUUCAUUCGUUCCAUCAUCAGGCAUUCAGACCUUAUAACAAAGGAGGCUUCAUUUGAAUAUUUACACAAUGAGGCUGAGAGGGUUCUUCUGGAGGCCAUGGAUGAAUUAGAAGUGGCAUUCUCACACCCCUAUUCAAAGAGGACUGACUGCAACCACAUUUUCCUCAACUUUGUGCCAACUGUAAUUCUAGACCCUACAAAGGUGGAGGAAAGCGUCACAAACAUGGUUAUGCGGUAUGGUCCAAGGCUGUGGAAACUCCGGGUUAGGCAAGCAGAAUUGAAAAUGACGAUUCGUCAGUCUCCUAAUAGCCCAACCUCUGUUGUUCGUCUAUGCAUCACCAAUGACAGUGGCUAUUACCUUGAUAUCAGUGUGUACAAGGAAGUUACUGAUCCCAACACUGGAAUUAUUAAGUUUGACUCUUUUGGCACCAAACAAGGCCCUCUACAUGGAUUGCCUAUUUCCACUCCUUACGUUACAAAGGAUUACCUGCAGCUGAAACGAUUCCAAGCUCAAACAGCUGGAACAACCUAUGCCUAUGACUUCCCUGAAAUGUUCCGGCAAAUGACUGAACGUUUAUGGAAGGAGUUCAUUGAGGAGCGGCCAGGCCAGGACAUUAAAAUGCCUGAUCAGGUCUUGGACUAUGUAGAGCUGGUUAUGGAAAAUGAAGAAACCCUUGUGGAACAAAAGAGGAUACCAGGGGAAAAUAAUGUUGGAAUGGUUGCUUGGCGCCUGACAAUCAACACUCCUGAAUAUCCUGAGGGCAGGGAUGUUAUUGUUAUUGCCAAUGAUCUUACUUACCAAGUGGGCUCCUUUGGCCCACGGGAAGACAUGGUCUUCAAUCUGGCUUCCAAGAGGGCUCGAGAAUUAAAGAUCCCUAGACUCUACAUCUCAGCCAACAGUGGUGCCCGUAUUGGUCUGGCUAAUGAAAUCAAGUCACUCUUCAGAAUUGCUUGGGAGGACCCCGAGGAAGAGGAUAAGGGUUUCAAGUACAUUUAUCUUACUCCUGAUGAUUAUGCCAAAGUUGCUCCUCUGAAUACAGUGAAAACUGUCCUCAUUGAUGAUGAAGGUGAAUCUCGGUACAAGAUCACUGACAUUAUAGGCAAGGAUGAUGGCCUUGGUGUUGAAAAUUUGAAAUAUGCUGGUUUGAUUGCUGGUGAAACUUCCCAAGCUUACAAGGAAGUGGUGACCAUUUCUAUGGUCACAAGUCGAGCAAUCGGUAUUGGAUCUUACCUUGUCCGAUUGGGCCAGAGAUUGAUCCAAAUUGAAAACGCUCCUAUCAUCCUUACUGGUUACCAAGCUUUGAACAAAGUUCUGGGUCGUGAAGUAUAUGCAUCUAACAAUCAGUUGGGAGGCAUUCAAGUUGUUUAUAACAAUGGUGUUUCCCACAAGACUGAUGCAAAUGAUCUGGAUGGUAUAUACUCCAUGCUUAAAUGGCUCUCUUACAUGCCUAAGGACACUCUUUCUAUGGUUCCAAUGGUCACACCUGCUGAUCCUAUCGACCGAGAAGUUGGCUACAUGCCCACGAAGGUACCCUAUGAUCCCCGUUGGAUGCUUGGGGGAAGGCAAAACCCAUUGAACCCGGAAGAAUGGGAGCAUGGAUUCUUUGACCAUGGUUCAUGGGAGGAAAUAAUGCGUCCAUGGGCUCAAACUGUUAUUACUGGUCGAGCUCGUCUUGGUGGUAUUCCAAUGGGUGUGAUUGCUGUUGAAACAAGGAAGGUUGAAAUUACUCUACCCGCAGAUCCUGCCAAUUUAGACAGUGAAGCAAAGACUGUGUCACAAGCUGGUCAAGUGUGGUUCCCUGACUCAGCAUACAAAACAGCACAAGCAAUUCAGGAUUUCAGCCAUGAAGGUCUUCCACUUCUUAUUUUUGCUAACUGGAGAGGUUUUUCUUCUGGCAUGAAAGAUAUGUAUGACAUGAUUAUGAAAUUCGGUGCCUACAUUGUCGACGCACUUCAUGACUACAAGCAGCCAAUUUUCGUUUACAUUCCUCCCAACGGCGAGUUGCGAGGAGGUGCAUGGGCUGUUGUUGACACAACCAUCAACCCCAGGCAUCUGGAAAUGUUUGCUGACCCUGACAGCAGAGGAGGUGUCUUGGAAGCUGAGGGAAUUGUAGAAAUCAAAUUUAAGCCCAAAGACCAGAGAGUACUGAUGCAGAGAUUGGAUUCCAAGUACAGCCAAUUGAUAUCAAAGCAAAUGGCAACAGCCAACCUACCUCCUGAGGAAAAGACAGAAGUUGACAGACAAAUUAAGGAGAGAGAAGCAUACCUUUUGCCACUUUACCAUCCAGUCGCAGUUCACUUUGCAGACUUACAUGAUACGCCCGAGAGAAUGUUAGAAAAAGGAUGUAUUAGUGAAAUUGUUCCCUGGAGGAAGUCUCGUAAGAUCUUGUUCUGGAGGCUGAAACGAAUCUUGCUAGAAAAUCAAAUUCUGAAGGAAUUGACAAGUGUCAAGUCUGAUUUGAGUGAUGGUCAAGCCAAGGCCAUGCUCAGACGGUGGUUCAUGGAAGAUCAAGGUGCAACUGAGGGCUACAAGUGGGAGAACAAUGAGGCAAUGGCAGGGUGGUUGGAGGGUCAACUCAACUCUUCAAACUCAAUUGUUGCUAGAAAUAUUGGUGCUGUGAAGCAGGAUGCUGUUGUUCAAAGCGUCAAAAAUUCAGUUGAUAGCUGCCCUGAAGCUGCUGUAGAUGCUGUAGUUGAAAUGGUUCGAGGUCUGAAUGCACAGCAGAGAGCUCAAAUUUUGCAAACCUUAUCCCAACAAGGCGAGGACCAACAAUCAUAGUAGUCUUAUCAUGUAGUAGUAUGCUUCGGUAUCAGUAUGGCUUUAUUUUCGCUCUCUGAAAUGUAGGGUCUGAAAAAGUGUGAAAAUCUUAGGGUUUUUGCCUGUGAGGCCUCAUUUUCAUUCCAAAGAGAGAAUAUUCAGAUUCAGGAGCGUGGGCAUGUGUGUCUCUUUGUUUUCUAGUUGCCAUUUCAUCCACAGGCUGUGAAUCGUGGUAAUGCACAAGGUACCUGGAUGCUUCAGCAGUUUGCCAAAUGCAAGCUCUGUUUUCCCAUAGGUAUGGGAAUACAUACUGGCAAUAGUAGAAAGUGAAUCAAGUACUGAGAUAGCACUCUGUGAGGUUUUGUUACCUUUUCUUUCUGACUGAGCAGCUUGCUUUUUAAUUUCUCCCUUUUCCUCAAGUCUGUUUUGAUUUGUCUUAUCAUUGUCAGGGUGCUUUCCUGUAUUUGCAUGGGCAUAGCAAUCCUAUUUUUACCCUGAACACUGUUGUUGUCAUUGUUUAUCUUGUAUUUUGUUAUCUUAUCUUAUACAGUCACACUAAGUUGUAAGGCAGAUGAGUGACAAUGAAUUUGUUAAAUGUGAUUAACUUAUUUUUGGAUGCUAUUAUGUUAUCUCCUGAUAAGGCAGUAAUUGGUUAUUGAUGAUCAACUUAGUUCCAAUCUCUGAGAUAAGUCUGAAUGCAUCAGUAAACCAUCAAGGUUUAGCUGGCCUAAACCAAGAUAGAGUAAUGAAUCAUUACCUCUGGAAUUUGUUGCAUCCUAAAAUUUCGAUAUUAACUUGUUUUUAGCUUCCUUCACUGAGUGUACAUAUUGUUAAUAGUCUCUGAGUAGGAUCAACAACUGUUAAAUCUUAUCUGACAGCACUGUUGUUAAAAUUGCUAUUUUAGAAUGAGCAACUCAUCUUGCAGUUGCUAAUUUUUUUUUAUUUUUUGUACACGUUUGAAAGUACAUGCUUGUCAAAGUUACAAAUGAAAGGAUGCUCAUGUUUAGAUACUAGUCAAGAAAAUGGUGAAAAAAGUCUUGAUUAUUAACUAAAUGUUAGCUUGAACUGUUCUGCAUGCAACAAACAAGUUUUUAAAUGAUAGUUGUCUGUUCUUUUUUACUAGUUCAACAACUAUGUGUCUUGAAUUCCCAUUGUUACCUGCUGUUCAAUGAUAAAAUGACAUUAACAAUGUGCUGUAUAAACGGACAAAGAUCAAAGGUGGCCUUGUUUUAGUCCUCACAAAACACCUCAUAAUUUAUUUUUUAAAAAUGUUAAAAAUAAAACUUUUAAAACAUG